AUGGACGCCGUAUCAUUGGGUCUCGGUGUUGUAUCUAUACUUUACCCAAUAGCCAAGGCUGGGUUGGAUCUUCAAGAUCUUGAUGUUCAUCAAGAGAUUUGUGCUCUGCAUGCAUUCCGAACCCUUGUCCAAAGCAUGAGUUGUAAGAUGGAAGACACCUUACAUCACGAACAAGCUACAAUUCUGCACCCAGAUAGCAAAGCGGCCUGGAAGUCUCUGGAAUUAGAAGCUCAAAUAUGGAGUGAUGAUUGCGAAAGAUAUGUCUUCGGGAUCUCUCAUAUGCUAAGGUCCAUAUGCAGCAAAAGCAGCUUCAUGAUCUCCGGGCAUCGCAACAAGUUUUCCAAGCGGAUUCGGUUAUACCAAAGAAAGAACAGCAAAGAAGAUCUGAUAAAAGGAUUUGAUCUUAUAAAAGGCAGACAUGACCAGAUUCAGGAAUCCAUGAAGAGUCUUCUCGAAAUCAACCGGACCCGAAUGGAGUUGUUUUCUGCUCCACAGCAGAAUACUGUGUCUGUCAACAUGCUUUUCUGGGAAAAUAGCCGCAUCAAAAAGUUGAAAGAGAUUAAAGAAAAGCUUGGAAGCUCCAUGGAGUGUCCAGGGGGUAAAUGCUUCAUUACUGGGAAACCCGGUUCUGGAAAAACCCAGAUCUGCUCUAAGUUUGCAGAAGCUUAUCAAGACCAGUAA